ACAGCGCGUGAAAUACAAACACCUCACCCACUGAUCGCCACCCAUACCAUAAUCGUUCAAUUUUUUGUUCUUACUUGUCCAUCUUCUUCUACCCAUCGAUUCUCUCUCUCUCUCUCUCUCUCUCUCUCUAUACAUACAUUUUAAUAUCAUAUGUAAACAUCUAUCUGCGAAGAAGUUGGGAUAAUUUUUUAGAAGAAACAUCGUUGCAAGGGUUUUUACCAAGAAUCUUUCGAUUCAUUAAUUUUGUCGACAUCAAUCUCUGAUUCCGCUUCUCAUCUUUGAAACACAAUUUCAUUUUGAAUCAAUAACAUACGUUUUUAUCUAACGUUUUUUACUUCUCGGGAUUAAAUUCAUUGAUACAUAUAUAUUAGAGGUAGAUACAAAGAAAAUUAUUUUCAGAGGGUUUAGAGAAACACACCCAUUGAUUAAAUUAUUGAUAAGUUUUUGGUUUUAUUAAAGAAGAGGGAUGUUGGGGGCAGGAUUGCAGUUUAGCAGGAGUAGAAAUGGAGAUGAUCGGUUUUAUAGCGCCGCUAGGGCUCGCCGGAGCCAAGAUCAUUUGCGGAGAUCUCAAGAUAGGAGUCGAGCCGAUGAGAAGGAGAAGACCGAGAGGACUGCUUUCUCGCCUAUGUUUGAACCGGCCUCCUUGUGUAAUCUGGAACGGUUCCUGGAGUCAAUAACACCCUCGGUGCCGGCUCAACGAUUAUCCAAGACAUCGUUGAGGGGAUGGAAAAAUAGCAGUGAGGAGCGUCAAUCAUACUUUGUGCUCGGCGAUUUGUGGGAAUCAUUCAAGGAAUGGAGUGCAUAUGGUGCAGGAGUGCCAUUGAUAAUGAAUGACAGUGACCUUGUGUUCCAAUAUUAUGUGCCCUAUUUAUCGGGUAUACAAUUAUAUGCUGAUCCUUCAAGGAGUAUGGCAAAUUCAUGGAGACUUGGGGAGGAAAGUGAUGGUGACUAUUUUAGGGAUUCAAGUAGUGAUGGAAGCAGCGAUUACGAACUGGAUAGAGGCAGCUUCACCCAUUCAGAUGGGCAACGGAGCUUUCAUCAUCACACAAGUGAUAGUACUCAGAGAAUAGAUCCAUUGUCUGUGAGAGACCAUUGUAUGGCAUAUCAAGAAAGCAUUUCUAGUGAUGAAGGUGAACCUGGAAGUUCACGAAGUCACUUGUUGUUUGAGUAUCUUGAACGGGACCAACCUUAUAGUCGGGAACCGUUGGCAGACAAGAUAUGCGAUCUUGCUCUCCGUUUCCCUGAACUAAAAACGCUCAGAAGCUGUGAUCUACUACCAUCCAGUUGGAUUUCUGUAGCAUGGUAUCCCAUCUAUAGGAUACCAAUGGGACCAACGCUCAAAGAUUUGGACGCUUGCUUUCUGACCUUUCAUUUUCUUCAAACACCCUUGACAGAUUCGUUGAAUCCCUCCAUCUCUCACACAGGGAGUGAAACUAUACAUACUUCAGUUGUCUCGUAUUCCAAUGAGAGGGAGGAAGGUGUGCCAAAGAUUUCAUUGCCAGUUUUUGGGCUAGCCACAUAUAAAUAUAAAGUAUCAUUGUGGACCCCAAAUGCAGGAUAUCAGCGCCAACUGGUGCCCUCCCUUCUUCAGGCUGCUGAUGAUUGGCUAAAAUCACUGCAGGUCAAUCACCCAGAUUUCCUUUUCUUCAGCCGUAAGUGAUUCUAGAUAUUGCUUCCCUUCUGUCUUAGCUCCAAUAUUUGAGGAAGAAGCACAAGUCUUGCUAAGGGGAUCUGCAAGAAAGCUUGAUGAACGGGUUAUAUGUAUUGUAUUUAGAAUAAUAUAAAUCAAAAAAGAAUAAAAAAUCAAAAUGGCUGCAGAAAAAAGAAAGUAGAAAAAGGGAUGAUUGCGAAUGCUGGAGAAGAAAGAUUGAUGAACAAAGAAUACAAAAAGAUUUGGGGGUUAUGGAAAGUUGAAGGCUGUUUUGCAGCGCUCUGAUUGUUUAGAAAGUGGGGUGUCUGCUGUAUCUCUUUCCCCUGUGUUUGUUUUAUAGAACAGGCAAUUUUUUUCUGUCCUGAUUAUCAGUAGUAGAUUAUAAUUUAUUUCUGCACUUUUAAGGGGAUUUUGAUAGAAAAUCAGACCAAGUGCAAGGUUUAGGCCCAUAGUCAUGUACACAAACUGUGUGUUUAACUGUAACUUUGGAAUGAAAAAGGUAGGCUCUAGGUGUAUCAUUCUCUCUUGA